GCAAGUGUCCGGGACUAGGCUGCGAAACUAUUUCACCUGGCAGUUCGGGUUUCGCUGUGCAAGUGCGGACGCACACAGUUUUUCGGGACUGAUUCUUGACCACCAAGAAUCAGUCCUUUUUUUCUACGUAAUACAAUUCUACAUACUUUCCUAAAACUCGCGUACACCAGUGCGAAAAACUUAGUUUCAUAAGACUGAUUCUUGACUUCAAGAAUCAGCCUUUUUCUCUUUACUUUUUUUAUCCGGCUACGAUUUCUACUAACUUUCCUAAAAUCGAACCUAGAGCGAAAUGAAUACGGACGAAACUACGGGUGACCCCUUCGACUCGUCGGAGGACGACCAUAUAAAAAAGCUGGAACAGGAAAUCAAGAACCUCGAAGGCGCAGCAAAUAUCCCCAGACGGGACAGUCUUAAAAGGACACCGCCGAAAUUUAGAAGUUUCUCGAUCUCAGAUCCGGUGACAAUCCAAACGUCAGAGGGCUCACCGGACAGGGAUAGAAAAAGAAAUAGGGACUCAGAAAGCGAAAGCCCAGAAGCCAGGGAGCUAAAAACAGCAAAGAUAAAAAUGACCAAGGACCAAGAAGAAAUGGCAAAAAAAGCUAAAGUUAUAGAAGCAAUGCUGAGAAAAGAACAGGAACAAGAAGAAAAAAGAAAAGAAAAAGUACAUCAGGAUAAAACCGAAAAAGAGAAAAAAGAAAAAAUAGAAAAAGAAAGGCAGGAGAAAACAGAAAAAGAAAAGAAGAAAAAGGCUGACCAAGAAAACAUCAACAAAGGUGCGAGUUCCGCGAGUGUCGGGCUAGUGCCGGGUAGUGCGGCGCAAAUUAUACCAAACAUAUCUCAGGUGAGUAUGGCGUCAGGUUCGCAGAACACAGUUGAAACACAAGGGGGACGAGACUUUACAAAAACACAAAUGACAAUACAGACAACAAACGACAGAAUGAAGGAACUGAGAAAACAUAUGAAAGAAGCGGUUACAAGGACAACUCCGGAAGGGAGGGGGAAAAUCGCGUUUGCAACAAAAGAACAAAAAACCGUCUUAAACGGACUCGACGAAAUAACAACUCUCUACUCGGACUUAAUAACACAAUUACUCUUACAAGAAAUCGAAAUCAACAAAUUACAACAAGAAAACAUAGCACUAAAAAUCAACAGACAAACAACGGACACCUCGGAAGACAGACUAAAAAACUUACAAUACGAAAUAAUAAAAGCAAUAAAACCAACACAACCAUCACAACCUACAAUGACAAACCAAACAAUCUUAAAUACUCCACCUACACACACUACAAGCACAGACUUCCCUCAACUUGGACAAAGGACAUACGCCCAGUUGACAAAAAAGACAAACACAACAACAAACACGCAAGAAAAAAAACCCUGGACAACCCCAGAACAAACAAAAAAAUACGACACGGUUAUAAAAAUAAAAGAAGGAGAAACGGGGAAUACGAUAACCGAGCUUAAAAAGGUCAUAAAACCAAAAGACAUGGAAGGCACACAAAUCAGACACACAAGAACGGCUAUAGUACUAACAUCACAAACAAAAGAAAAACAAAACGAAAUACUAAGACGGACACAACAAUCAACAACACUAGACAUAAAGGACGGCACCAGACAGAACGAACCGACAGCAAUACUUACGGGACUACGCAAGGAAAUGACAAUGGACGAAUUGACAGAAGCUUUAAAAAUGGAAAAUGACGACUUAAAUGAAAACUUCGGGGACAGACUUAAACUUCUGACAGUCGUAUCGACCCGGCCUUGCCGUAACCCUUACAAAGAGAACAUUUACAUACGGGGACCAACGGACAUCAUCAAACAUUUAUUAAAAGCAGGAAAAGUAUACGUAGACUUUCAGACCAUUUUUAUAAAUGAGGCCACGCAAAUUGCACUUUGCUUUAGAUGUUGCAGAUACGGACAUGUGUCUAAAUAUUGUAAAGAGACGACACCGACAUGCUACCGGUGUGGAGAUGGACACGACGGAAACACAUGCAAUAAAGACAUCUACAACUGUAUAAACUGUGAAAGACUAAGACUAACACCACGCGGACACCAGGCUAGAGACGCUAAUUGCCCUAUAUAUAACAAAAAAAUGGACGAGGCUCGGGCUCAGACAUCGUACAAAUAG